AGUGAUAAACGUGUAAAAGAAGUUGAAGAAAAGGAUAAGGUAAAUCGUAGAAUUAUUUUUAUUUAGUAUAAUGAAUUAACUUCGAACUGAUUAACUACGAUUUGAGUGGUAACAAUAAAUAUAAAAAUAAUCUUAACUGGUAAAGCAAAUAGGACCUUCAAGUACUGCCAAGACAAAGAAACAUAUGACAAAAAUGAAAACAAAAGCCGACUCGAAUUAUGAUCCUACAAAAUUAGAGGACAGUCCUACCCAAGUGUUGGAACGGUUUAAGCGUGGUUGUGAAUGUCAAGACGAUCAAUGUUUUAAAGGACUAAAUCCUGAAACAGUGUAUAGACAUAGAUUAAACAUUGCAGAAUUAACGAAAGCUGAACAUGAUAUGUACUUGAUGGGUGUAACAAUGGCAUGUUUAACGAAUCCUUAUGAAACUGCAAGACAUACGGAAAGACGUAGAUUAAGAGCUCAUUAUGUAUAUCAAGGAAGAAGAGUGUGCUUAGAUGCUUUUUUAUAUUUAGAAAAUUGUACACAUUAUCAAAUAAAAAGGAUUAGAAAGCACUUAAUAACUCAUGGUGUUACUCCAAGAGUACAUGGUAAUCACGGAAAAGUUCCACACAAUACAUUUUCUCUGGAUAUUUAUAAGAUAGCUACGGAAUUCUUAAAAAAUUUUAUAGAAUGUCAGGAGGCAAAACAAAAGACUAAACUUGUUAAGAACGCUCCGUUACAUCUUUCGCCAGAUAUUACUCGUAAAACUGUUCACGACUUAUAUACACAGUAUUGUACACAAGUUUCGCCUGAUAUUAAAAUCAUGGGGUAUUCUACAUUUAGAAGAUUCAUGAAAGUUCAGUUUCCACAAGUUAAAUUUGCAAAAUUAGAAUUUGUGGUUAGGUCACAGCCUUCGCAGACUCAUAAUAGCAUUAAAGUUGAAACGGAAAAGAGAGAUGUACCUGAGAAACAUUCUGAAUCAGCAGAAAUAGUGACGGAAGAUGGUACAAUAUUACCUGUAGUAAUUGCAAGUGAAGCAGUAGGACAAAAUGGUACUUACUUUUUAACAUCUGUUAAUAAAACACAAGAUGACAUUAGUUAUCAAAUAACUACUGACGGUUUAUUAGUAGACAGGACAACAUUACCUAUUGCAGUAACUAAAGUAAAUGCUGUUUAAAAGUAUUAAAAUUAUUGGAGAUUUAUGCCUUUUUGUUUUAAAGGUACAUAUAAGAAAAAUAUACCUGUACAAAAAAUAAUUUUAUCCUUACAUAGAAUAUGUAGAUAUCUUGAUAAAUCUAUUGCAUGUAAAAUAUUUUUAAUUUGUAAAAAAGAAGUGUGCACGAUAUUAACGGAAAUCAUUGAGUAACAAUUAUGUAAAACGGUGAGUUUUCAUUUUAUAAAUUAUAAUUAAGUAUAAUAUAAAAGUACAUGACUAGACUAUUUUGUUUUUGAUUAUUAAUAAUUAGGAGUGUUUUUUGUGAAAAAUGCAAAGUUUUGUAUAGUUACUAGAUAUGUUGAUGUAUAAAAAAAAAAACAAAACAGAAAUAUAUAUAUAUUUAAUCAUUUUG